AUGAAGAGGCUGCGAGACCGACAUCUCACACUCUUCGGGCAGGCCAUCUUGCUCAUCUCGGGCGAACUUCUAGCUAAUGCAGUCUGCUGGAUCGCGGCUGCUCUGACUUUGGGUCAGGCGGAUGGCCUGCUCGGAUUAGCUCUGCUAGCUUGGACCAUCGGACUUCGACAUGGGCUCGACGCGGACCAUAUCUCCGCGAUAGAUAACGCUACUCGACAGCUUGUAUCGCUUGGACAGCUACCUAUAACGUGUGGUCUCUGGUUCUCCCUCGGCCACUCGACUAUCGUCAUCGUGGUCAAUGUAGCUAUCGCGAUCAGUGUGGACAUCUACGAUAAGCUGGACGGCGUAGGCACUGUAGGAGGCUACAUCGGCGCCUCCGUAUCCGCCUCAUUCCUCUUCCUCAUCGCCACAAUCAACACCGUCUUCAUCAUCCGCGCCAUCCGGGAGCGGAAGGCCAUGAAGCGUGCCGCUGCCGCUGGACAGGAAUACGAGAUUCCAGAUGUGACAAAGAUACACGGCGGCGGAUGUCUGGUGCGGAUCGUCGCACCAUUGUUGAGGGCGGUGGAUCGGCCAUGGAAGAUGUACCCCAUCGGCAUCCUCUUUGGGUUUGGCUUUGAUACGGCCUCGUCCAUUGCUUUACUGGCUAUCUCGGCGAUAGCGCAGAGAGGGACCAACGGGGAAGAGAUCAGUCACGGUCGGAUCGUCGUGCUGCCGUUUACCGCAGGCAUGACUCUUGUCGACUCGCUUGACUCGAUCCUCAUGUUAUACGCCUACGCUCCGAUGGUCACAGACCCCAGCCAAUCUCUUUUCGCCUUGUUCCUCGAUAGAAAAUCCUCGGGAGACUCGGACACUGAGCGAGAGAUGACCCUGCCCACAAUGCCCAUAGUCCCAGAUAACGACGAAAUAGGGCCUGAUGAUGGCGAGGGAGAGCCACCGAAGAAGGCUGUCUACCUUGACAAUCCGCCCGCUUCACCGCUCCAGCAAGCCGCCUCCCCUGGUUCAGCUGCUCCACACUCUGGUCAGCAUCGCCCGGACCGUCAGGCCCUGGGCGAUAAGGCCGACUAUGCUCUCCGGCGCCAACUCGCCGCGAAAGCCGCUACCAUGUCUAGCCUGUCUAUCGCGCUCACUCUGCUCUCCAUCAUCGUCGCGUUCUGUAUCUCCGUCAUCACAAUCAUGGGUCUUGUUGGAGAGAACUGUACAGAAUGCUCCGAAGCUGCGGAGGAUCCAGAAGGUGGCGGACUGGCCGGGAGCUGGUGGCGAUUCUGGGCUAGUGCAAAUGAGAAUAGCGGAUACAUCGGUGCGGGGAUCGUCGGGGUCUUUGCUGCCAUCCUUUUGGGGUACCACUUGGGGCGGUGGGGAUGGCGGCGGUACCGCGGGCAGCAGGACGGAGGGGUUUCGCUUGAAGCGUAG